AUGCAUGCCGACAGGUGGCGACAACCGACAGGGUUUAACAUGCAUAUCGCCCAUAACAAUGGCAAUAACGGACGAAACAGACAGGGAAGACGAAACAAUGCAAGGAUACCUGAGCAAAUCCAGGAAUCUGAUGACGAAGAAGAGGUAGGACCCCCCCCCCCCCCCCCCCCCCCCCCCCCUCCAAGUGCCGAACCUGUACCUGGAAUCCACCCAGAGAUGGAUAUUUGUAAUGAAAUGGAAGUAUUAAGGCAACUCGUUUAUAAUGAUCAGGCCGGUAUCAGAAGACCAGCCCGACCUACAUACCAAAAGCCUUAUCCUACUUACAUUGACGAAUUACCUUUCCCAAGAGUCUUCAAAGUCCCAAGUUUUAGCCUGUUUAAUAGAGAAGACUUAUACGCAUCAGCGUUGGAGCACAUAGGGCGCCAGGCUUUCACUUGGUAUUCCAACCUCAGUCCGAAUUCCAUCUCAGGAUGGGCUGAGAAGGAAAGAGCUUUCAUGGAGUAG